CCGCGGUGCUGAACCGCCGCUCUCCGCGGUGCUGAACUGCCGCUCUCCGCGGUGCUGAACCGCCGCUCUCCGCGGCGCUGAACUGCCGCUCUCCGCGGUGCCGAGGCGGCUGCGCGCUGCGCGGGCGGCGUCAUGGUGUUCGCGCCAGGUGAGAAGCCGGGCCCAGAGUUGGACGAAGUGAGGCUGCAGAACGCCAGCAAGCAGAUCGUGCAGGCAGUCAUCCUGCGAGCGGUGCAGCAAGUGUCCCAGGAGAGCCAGCAAAGGGAGAGGCGACCGCACGGCAGCAUGAGUAUCCAGCGGGAAAGAGGAAAGUUAACCAAGAAGCAUGAAAAGAAGUAAAGGAGAGGAUUGAUUAUUUGGAUCCUCCAUCCCACAAUAUUUUCAGCCUCCUCCGUAGUAUCAGCUGUAUCAGCCAAUGCAAUGCUACUGCUGUAAAGCAAACCAAAGCAUAAGCGACACCUAGAUAGAGAGUAAAGCUGCAAUAGUCCUCAGUUGAGAAAUAUUAAGUGCAUUAGGUGAUUAACUCUGUAUUUAUGCAGUGCCUCUUAACAGAAACAAUCAUAGCUAUAAAAGUAGUUUCCAGCACAAGCUUUUAUGGUAUGGACUUAUAUUCAAAAGCUUCUGUGUGCAGUGUCCAUGUCAGCUCAACCGGCCAGACUCUACUCUGAGUUACUGGGCUCACUGGGGUUGUCUUCACUGAAGAAAUAAUUUGCUGUUGAGUGUAGGAAAUUGCUUUCAAACUGCCUUGAAACAUGAGUUUAUAGUUCGUUUUGAUUAAACAUGGACUAUGUGAAAUGGAUGUGUAAAGGGGUUUUGGUAAGAUCUAUCAUCCAAUCUCUCUUUUCUUUGUUUUCUUUUUCAUCCUGGAAGAAGAAAAAAAAAGCAGCCCAGUAAAACUUUACCAUACUAUGAUCUAUGACCACAGAUCUAUGAUCUAUGUCUUCUUUUAAAGAAGUUAAAAGAAGUACUGAAGCUCUGGUCUACUUAUUUGAUAUACUUCUGUAUAAAUGUCACUUGUGCCUCAACUACUCCUUUUAAUUUUUUUUUGCUGUUUAAAGAAACUCUUAUUAUUGAUAUACUGGUAUGCAGCUCCUCCUUCAGCUUUGCAAGCUGUGGCUUGAUUUUUAGAAAAUGAAUAUUGGAGUGACUUAAAAGAAAGUUUAAAAUUUAUUGGUAUGUUGAAAACCAGAAAUAUAUUGUAUCCAAAUUCUGUUACGGGAGAUAGUUUCUGAAUGCUAGUUUAAAGGAGCUCUAAAUAUUUGCAGCUGUUAUAUAGAUUCACCAUAARUAGCAUUGCACUAAGCCUAUAAUACAGAAUUUAUCCUUUAAAUGCUCUCUAUAGCUAAAGAAAUUCAUAAUACUACUGAAAUAUAAAUAAAUGUAGUUCGACUUUCUUGCUCCCUUACUGUGAUGACUGCACUGUUACAUAUCUAAAAUGAAUAACGGCUUAUUUCGUUCUAGAAAUGGCUUGAAGUUCCACUUCAGAUGAAUUGCUGUAAUAAUAUAUCUAGGAAUACGGAGAAAAAGAUGCACAGGACGUGCAAAGAAGGAAACAAACUUCUGCAAUAGCCUUUCUAUACARUAAGAUGUUUCUCAAAGAGAAACAAUGUAAUUGACUAUUAGUGUGUCCUACUGCUUGUGUUAAACAGCUUCAGGAUUCUUUCUGAUGCCUUGAGGCUUGGCUCAUGAAUAGACAUGUACUGUAACAUUAAGUCUCUGAAAUCUGCUGGGUUCCAUUUUCUU